UUUCAGUCGCGCUCGGCACGCCGACCCAACGACACCGGCUGCUGCGAUAUCCUCCGCGACGAUAGACAACACAGUCUGUACUACAUACGAUUCGCGGAAUCUUCUGCCGAAUGACGCAUACACACGCGGCAUGCGGUGUGAUUUCGAGCGCCGGUUUCAAUCGGCAUCCGCCGAUAGCUUCUCUUGAGUGCAUUCGUAUUGAUUUUUGUGUGCUUUUGAACUGUGGAUCGCGAUAUUGAUUCGUCUACUCUCGGCUCAUUAGAUAACGUCAUAUAGUAUAGAUCAUUGUCAAGAGUGUUGUUGGUUAGUUUCGCCGAUGAGAGAACAGUAUACGCCGUGUUUGAUCGUUUACUGCAGUAGGAAAGCCCGAAGAGACAUAUAAGCAAAAAGUGAAACUAUCGCAACCAUGGAGACCCUAUACACGGGUGCGAUUCACGGCUUCCCUCAGGCGUCAAACGGCCUCGCAAAUGGCAUAUCUUCUGGGCUGGCCGCCUCCUUCGAUCAGGACGGCGUACUUAGCCUCGUCGUGGUCCUCGGAGGAAGUCUCUCACUCGUCGCUCUUGUCUUCGCCUUCAUCACCUACAGUCUGUUUUCGGACUUGAGAAGUUUGGCGGGAACUACGUUAAUGAAUUUGUUGGCAGCUCUUUUCAUGGUACAACUGUUAUUUAUCGUCGGAGUUGGCGGUGUUCAGGAUUCACAAUUAUGCAUUUCACUGGGAAUGAGUUUACAAUACUUGCGUGUCUCGGUGGUCUGUUGGCUAGCAGCUAUGUGCCACCACCUGUACGCGACGGUUGCCUCAAUCCCUAACCGCGACGAUCCUCCGACGUAUCUCAAGUACAGCGUGUUCGCUUGGGGUGCACCCCUCGUCAGCCUUGGCGGUGCCACUCUACUACAGAUGCAUGAGACCAAUGACAUUUGGAAAGUCGACGACCUCAUGCCCUUUAACUGCUGGUUUCUGGGAGCAAAAGCUACCGUCUACGCUUUCGGCAUACCCGUAAUACUGUUGCUUUUAAGCGCUGGUUAUUAUCUACUUAAAGCAGCCAUCGUGGCAAGAUACACAUGCAGCAUGCAACUGGAGAUAAAGCAGCGAGAAAAAAUGAAGAGGAGGCGAGCUCUGCAACUGAUGCUUUUCCUGAAAGUCAGUCUUAUCAUCGGUCUGGUGGUUGGCUGUGGAGUAGCAUCGCGCGUAUGGAAAGUACCUUUUCUGUGGGCCGUUUUUUGCACAGGUCACUCGUUACAGGGUCUUGCCGUUGCUCUAUCUGUUGCCUGCAAUUGCAGAGUACUUAAGAUUUACUCGAGAAAGUCGUAUAAGCAGCCAAAACAUCAGAUUGCAAAAUCAUCUAGCAUGCAAUUGCUCGCACCAGCGCCUGAUCCGGUCUAAGUCAGUAAUGAAGCUAACGAUAUAAACAACGCAUUUUUAAAAUCGACUGUCAUAAUUCUUGUAUUACGUAUUUUUUAUUGAACUAUUCAGUACUAUUUUCAAUUAAUUUUUGGACAGUCUAAAUUUUGUAUUAAUAUUUUAUACUUACAAAUUAUACAAAUUUCCAUGCUUUAAAGUACUGAUUCAUUUACAGUAUAAUACUGAUUACACCCAAAGAAUAUACACCCAACAUUCUUAUUCUUUAUUUGUGAAUUUGAAACUGUAAGCAAACCAUAUCGAAAUAAUACAUUAUAGUAGUAUGUAUAUUUAAUUAAGCUUUAAUUAUAUAAUCAUUUUGUAAGUAUUUAUUUAUAAAAUAUAGCUAAAUAGUACUGUAUAGUUUUGUAAUGUUUUUGUAAGAGUGUCAAUAACUUCGUCAAGUCGAGCAAUGGGGCACAAUCCAGAAAUCAAAGUUACACACGCAUAUCGCGUUCUCUUCAUGAUUGUAAAUAGUGCUUUAAAGGUUCGUAAAUAAAUCGCAAACCUCUCAAAAGUGUGAUCUACAUGAAAAAACAUAAAUCUUAACGAUUUUAUAAAACUUACUCAAUUUAUGCAUUUGAUUAAAAUACCUUCCAAC